CGUAUAGUUAACAACUGUAACGCUGAGUGGUUAGGCAUAAAAAACAAUUCAAGUACAUUCUAGUAAUUUCUAAUUAGAAUGUCAAAUUAUUUUAUUUGUUUACUUAUAAUUAGUGGUUAUGUUAACUACGGACUUUCUGUGUACUAUGAGUCGUACUCGGGUACUCCUGUUAGUCUGGAAGAAGUGAAAAAACAUGACAAGCAGAAUAAUACGUUUUGGUGCAUAAACCAAAUCGAGCCAUGUGUGACUGAUGAGUGGCGGCGUGUGGACGGUUCAUGCAACAACCUGCGCCAGCCCGCCCGGGGCGCCCCGCACACGCCUACCUAUAGACUACUGCCACCUGUAUACGAUAAAAAUUUUGAAAAACGAACGUCAAAGUCCGGUCAGUCAUUGCCUCUUGAGAGGUUCCUAAGAACAACGUUGGUAGCUAUGGGCAAGCUACCUGACCAGAAAUUCACGACGCUCUCUACCAAUUUUCUAGUUUUUAUGACUGCAGAUGUUUUAUCUUUGCACGAUACAGUGAAAUUUAUCUUAUGGAAACCUUACUGUUGCCUGGCCAAAGGCAAAACGGACAGUGAUUGCGUACCUAACAAAAUACCCGAUGACGACCCUGUACAUCGUUUCUCCGAUGUAAGGUGCUUGAAUAUGACGAGGCCUGAAUCUUUUCAAUCUAUUGGGUGUAUCAAACAUGGUACAGUUCCUGAAAGGAUAAUAUCAGCAACACCAACAUUUGAUCUAUCACCAGUGUAUAGCAGUAGUUCAAAGUUACUAUCUGAAAAGGGACGUCUUUUCAAAGGUGGUUUAUUGAAGUACGAAGUGGAAGAAGGAAGAAUCUGGCCACCGAGUGUUAAAACUGGAUUGGGAGUUUGUUUCUUGAAUCAGAGGCCGCAAGAAGGACGAUGCCAUGACACUCCUGAAGAUGGCGCUAACAGCUUAGCUGGUGUAAAUCUAAUGACCAUCUGGCUAUGGAGGCAGCAUAACUUUAUUGCCACGGCGUUGUCUAAAAUUAACCCAUGCUGGAAUGAUGAUAGACUUUUUUAUACAGCGCGCGACAUCAACAUUGCUAUUGUUAUGCAAAUAUUCUAUUAUGAAUUGUUACCAGCAUUAUUUGGUUAUGAAAAUCUUCUCAAAGACGGUGUUCUUUCUUACACAAAUGGAUUUAGAGAUUCCUACAAUGAGAAUCUUAUCCCUCAAAUAUCACUGGAGUUUCCAUUUGUUCUUCGUUGGUUUCACACUACUCAGGAAGGGGAUAUGAAGUUAUUUGAUACUCAAGGGCACUAUUUAAGAAAGGUUCCUAUUGUAAAUCUUACUCUAAGAACCGGUUUCUUUGGUGUAGAUGACAACAUAGAUUAUGUCACACAAGGCAACUUCAGACAAGGCACUGCGAAAGCUGACUAUAUUGUAGAUCCCGAUGUAGUCAACAUUGGUUUAGGACCGCACCAGAGAGCGACUGACCUUCUGACUAAUGAUUUAGCAAAGAAUCGGCUGUUCGGUUUUCCGCCUUAUAUCAAAUACAGAGAGUUAUGCUUCAAACAAUCUUUCAAAACAUUUGACGAUCUACUGCAAGCUAUAGAUCCAGAAAGAGCGGAGUUACUUAGACAGGUGUAUGAGAAUAUUGAAGAUAUUGACCUUAUAGCUGGCAUUUGGCUGGAGAAACUGAUCCCUGGUGGCCACGUGCCACCCACUCUGUACUGCGUUGUGGUGGAGCAGCUGCUGAGGGUUAUCACAUCGGACAGGCAUUGGUACGAGAGACCUAAUCGGCCAAACGCAUUCACUUUCGAACAACUGUUGGAGAUAAGGAAGGCGACGGUGGCGCGGCUGCUCUGCGACGUCGGAGAUAAAGUGACGCACAUACAGCGACGUGCUUUUUACAGGAUCACUAACAAAAAUCCGCUGUACAGCUGUAAGAGCAUUGAGUCUGUGAACCUUUGGGCUUGGAAGGAUCCCAAAUGUAAUGGACCACAAUUUGGUCCGCUGUACGGCCCAGCUAAUCUUUUUCACAACUAAUUUUUUUUAAUUAAAAUAAUUCAGCCAGGAUUCGAAGAAGUUUUAUUU